UCAAACUGCAACCUCAGGGGCCUCAUGCUAUCCAUUCGAUCAGACGCUACCUUGUACAAGCUUUCGAGUCGAGCGGGGGGAACAGGAGGCAACGGCAUCAACGCGCAGAGCUGGGGAGAUGUUCCCAGGACUCAUUGAGCAUAAACCAGCAGAUCAAAUUCUCGUUUCCGGACAUACUAACCAAACACAACUCUCGAGACCCGCGACGGCUUGCCUUGUGAACAUGUUCCUAUCAAUCUUCCUUCACGGUUUCAACUCCCUGACAUGCUCCUUCCUGCCUUCGCUUCUUCAUCCUGAAUCCAAUGGAAGAAUCCCCUGCAAGGUCUGGAUCAGCAGUGACAGAUCAGUUUGAAGUGAAGUCGCUCCAAUCUCUCAAUGGAACUGAUUGCUUAAAGACUAGUCAAUGUAUCUAACAAUCUCUCUCUCUCUCUUCUCUCCUCCACCAGCCAAGGCUGAGACUUGAUGUCUGCUCACAGCUCCCUCUGCACAUCUACUCGAAGAUCUCAUGCUCGGUGAUGGUAUCAUUACUACUCAUAUGAAUCCACCUCUUCCGCUGACAUCAUUGCUACCCAUAUGAAUCCACCUCCCCUCCUGACGUCCUUUUCUCUUCCGGUCUGUUCCCAACCCAUAAUUCUCUACUUUCCUCUUGAUGUCGAUACUCUAUCCUCUUUCUUUUCAUCGCUCCGCACGGUACUUCACGUCCGUUUGCCCUUGAAUGUUCAUAUCCCCUCAUUCUAUUUUCGCUCCUCUCCUUCCCCUCUCUCGGAACUAUU